AAUGUGCUGGUACGGGGUAUAAAAACUUUGGGUUUAUGAGUCUCAAUAACCACUUCAAUCCCAUUUUUUCUAGUUCCAAGAAGAAUCUAUGCCCAUCAAUCUUUCAAGUCAUCAGUUCUCAUCACUAGUCCUGUGCAUCAUCUGAUCUGUUGGAGCAGUGGCGGAAGUUGGCGCAAGCGUUGCUGGACGGAGAGAUUUUGUAAUCUAUUGCCGUUGUGCUCCAGCGGGCAUGUUCAUCAGCGACGGACUCACAUGGUCACUGAAGAACUCGUCGUCUACGACAACUAGUUAUUUUAGGUUACUAAAUAGAAGAAGCAAUUCUUCUUCCCGAUUUUUGUCCUUGUUGAAUGUGACCCAUUUUUGCACGUUCCCCAACAAUUUGCCUUCUUCGAAAAGGAAGUCUCGAGGGCCAGUGAUGUCAGCAAAGAAGGCUUCUCAAGAUUCAAAGAAGGAAGAUGGGAUGUAUAAGCACACGGUUGAUCUGCCAAAAACAGCAUUUGGUUUAAGAGCAAAUUCUGUAAUUAGAGAGCCAGAACUUCAAAAACUAUGGGAAGAAAACCUUAUUUUUAAGAGAAUAUCUGAGAGAAAUACUGGGGGAGCUUUUGUUCUUCAUGAUGGUCCUCCUUAUGCAAAUGGUGAUUUACACAUAGGUCAUGCUUUAAAUAAGAUUUUGAAGGAUUUCAUUAAUCGCUAUAAGCUUCUUCAAAACCGUAGAGUGAAGUAUGUGCCGGGUUGGGAUUGUCAUGGCCAACCAAUUGAGUUGAAAGUUUUGCAGUCACUAGACAAUGAUGCUAGAAGAGAGCUAACACCCCAAAAGUUGAGGACAGUUGCAGCUAAAUUUGCUAAAAGCACAGUGCAAAAUCAGAUGGCAUCAUUUAAGAGGUAUGGUGUAUGGGCAGAUUGGGAUCAUCCAUAUCUUACUCUUGAUCCAGAAUAUGAAGCUGCUCAGAUUGAAGUAUUUGGCCAGAUGGCCAUUCAUGGCCAUAUUUAUAGAGGCAGAAAACCAGUUCACUGGAGUCCUUCAUCUCGAACAGCUCUUUCAGAAGCUGAGUUGGAGCAUAAUGAGGAGCAUGUGUCAAAGAGCUUAUAUGCCAUAUUUAAAUUAGUCAGGGCUCCACCUGGUUCAGACUUAUUGAAGGAAUUCAUUCCUAAUUUGUAUUUGGCAAUUUGGACAACUACACCCUGGACAAUUCCAGCCAAUGCUGCUGUUGCACUGAAUUCAAAACUUCAGUAUGCUAUUGUUGAAGUUCAGCCAGUCUCAGUAGACAAUGCUAUAAGCAGUGGUGGAGCAAAGAUUGCUGGAAAAUUGUUGAAAGGGUUUGAGAAUAUGUUUCUUAUUGUGGCACUGGAUCUUGUUUCAACCCUGGAGGCAAAAUGGAACUUAAAACUUGUUGUGAAGAAAACUUUUAUGGGCUUAGAUCUUGAAAAUAGUAGGUACACCCAUCCCAUUGAUAACCGAGAAUGCCCUGUUGUCCUUGGUGAUGAUUACAUUACAACUGAGUCAGGAACAGGGUUAGUUCAUACAGCACCUGGUCAUGGUCAGGAUGACCACAAAACUGGCCGCAAAUACGGCUUGCCAAUACUUUCCCCUGUAGAUGAUGAUGGAAAAUUUACUGAAGAGGCAGGACAAUUCAGUGGCCUUGAUGUGCUUGGUGAUGGAAACAUUGCUGUUAUUCAAUACUUGGAUGAACACCACUCCAUGAUCAUGGUGGAGCCAUACAAGCACAAGUAUCCAUAUGACUGGAGAACCAAAAAGCCUACAAUAGUUAGGGACACUGAGCAAUGGUUUGCCUCUGUGGAAGGAUUCCGAGAAGCUGCUAUGGAUGCAAUCAAGGAAGUUAAUUGGGUACCACCCCAGGCGGUGAGUCGUAUUUCUGCAAUGAUUUCUAUCCGUGAUGACUGGUGUAUAUCCAGACAAAGAGCAUGGGGUGUUCCCAUUCCCGUCUUUUACCAUGUGGAGUCAAAGGAGCCGCUUUUGAAAGAAGAAACAAUUAGUCAUAUUAAAUCAAUCAUUUCUCAAAAGGGUAGUGAUGCAUGGUGGUAUAUGACAGUUGAAGAAUUACUUCCUGAUAAGUACCGUGACAGAGCAUCAGAAUACGAGAAAGGGACUGAUACAAUGGAUGUUUGGUUUGACUCAGGCUCUUCAUGGGCUGCUGUGCUGGAAAAGAGGAGCGACCUUCAUUACCCUGCAGAUUUAUAUCUUGAGGGCACAGAUCAGCAUCGUGGUUGGUUCCAAAGUUCUUUGUUGACAAGCAUUGCUAGCAAAGGAAAAGCCCCUUAUUCUGGGGUCAUCACCCAUGGAUUUGUACUCGAUGAGAGAGGGGAAAAGAUGAGUAAAUCUAAGGGAAAUGUUGUUGAUCCUAGGACUGUGAUUGACGGGGGGAAAAGCCAGAAGGAGGCACCACCCUAUGGUGCUGAUGUCUUGAGACUCUGGGUUUCAAGUGUAGACUAUACAGGUGAUGUGCAGAUAGGCCCUCAAAUCCUCCGUCAAAUGUCUGACAUGUACCGGAAAUUGCGAGGAACUUUGCGGUUUCUCUUGGCAAAUCUGCAUGAUUGGAAACCCAGCUAUGCAGUUCCAUAUUGUGACCUUCCAAUGAUUGACCAGCAUGCUCUAUUUCAGCUCUCCUCUGUUGUGAAAAGCAUCAAAGAAAGCUAUGACAGUUAUCACUUUUACAAGAUUUAUCAGAUCAUUCAACGCUUUGUCAUUGUUGAUCUCUCCAACUUUUACUUUGAUGUAGCAAAAGAUCGACUUUAUGUUGGGGGGAGUAGUAGUUUUACAAGAAGAAGUUGUCAAACUGUUCUUGCUACUCAUUUACUUUCAAUUACAAGGAUAGUUGCUCCAAUUGUACCGCAUUUGGCUGAGGAUGUCUGGCAGCAUCUUCCUUUCCCCUAUACUACUGAAGAUGGAAAUGUUGCCAAAUUUGUUUUUGAGUCAGGUUGGCCAGAAACAAAUGAAAGACAUCUUUCUUUCCCAGAGGAAGGGGUUGAUUUCUUGGGGAAAGUUCUUGAGCUGAGAACUGAAGUGAACAAAGCUCUGGAAGUCGCCCGUGCUGGAAAAUUGAUUGGUGCCAGUUUAGAGGCAAUGGUCUAUCUACACACUUCUGAUAGUAAACUCGCUGCGCGUCUAAAGGAAGCCACUUGUGAGCCCAAAACCAAUGCUGAUGAAUUGAAACGGAUCUUCAUAACAUCCCAGGUGGAGGUUCUUCCAUCCUUGGAAGAUGAAAGGGUUAAAGAUAUAGAGUACACGGGAGAGUGUAUUAUCCAAGGGGGAAGUAAAGUAUGGAUUGGCGUGUCACGCGCGAAGGGUGAGAAAUGUGAAAGGUGUUGGAACUAUUCGCCUCAAGUUGGUUCCUUUGAUGACCACCCUACACUUUGCACACGAUGUUACCAUGUCGUAGUCACUGAUCAACAGUCUCCUGAUGCUGAAUGUGCGGCAGACGACAGCUCACAAGAAGCAGUUUAAAGUGUCUGUGUAAUUAUGCCAGUGCCGUGCAGAACUAUAUCCACUGCAUUAAGUUGUGUUAUAAUCACUUGCCUCACUUGGACAUUCC